AAUCCAUAUUAUUAACUACAGAGUUCUAAGCCUACACGGGCAGAGAGAAGAAAACGCUCUCUUUCUCUCUCUUCUCUCUGGCUCUGCUUCUCUUUCCUCAGUGAUUCUAAAACUGUUCAGAAGCCGGGGGUUUAAUUUCCAUGGGAUUCUGAGUUAUUCGAUCGAGCAUAAAGAUUCGUCUAUCAGAGAUAUCUAUUGUCAGUAUACUCUAAAUGAUGGAUUCCCAUGAUGAGGCUGGAUGCCAAGCUCCUCCAGAAGGUCCUUUCCUGUGCAUCAACAAUUGUGGCUUCUUCGGCAGUGCAGCCACUAAGAACAUGUGCUCCAAGUGUCACAAGGACAUGAUGCUGAAACAAGAUCAUGCUAAGCUUGCUGCUUCAUCUAUUGAAAAUCUUGUCAAUGGAUCAUCUAGUAGCAACAAGGAAAUGCCUGAAAGUGUUGCCAAUGGUGCCAUUUCUCUGGAACCAAAGACUAGUCAAUCACAUGCACUGCCUGCAAUGGGAUCUGUGGAGGGCGAGGAAGAAAAACCCAAGGAGGGACCAAAACGUUGCAACAGUUGCAAGAAGCGUGUUGGGUUAACAGGCUUCAAUUGUCGAUGCGGUAAUGUAUUUUGUGUAGUUCAUCGCUACUCUGACAAACAUGACUGCCCCUUCGAUUACCACAUGGCUGCACAAAAUGCCAUAUCCAAAGCCAACCCUGUUGUCAAGGCUCAGAAGCUCGAUAAGAUCUAGAUUUCUUAGGACGAGUUCAUGUCCUAAAUUGAUGUUAUCCAGCUGUGAGGUGGUUUCUGAUUUGCUUCAAAUCUAUGUAUCGUUGCUUUAUGUUCAUAUAUAUGCUGAAGAGAUUGCAGUUCCAAUAUAUCUGAAUUCUGAAAAAUCUAUUUGCUUGUGAUUCGUUGUUUGUGCUUUUUUCAAUGGACAUCAUCGUUACCGGUU